CUGUCGCUCUGUGCUGUCUGAUGCUGAAUGGCUUUGUAUCAGGGCAAGAAAAUGCUCAACCUGUAGUGGCUACAAAAUAUGGGAGACAACGUGGGAAAGUGGUGACAGUAAGAGGUACAGAGCGUAGCGUACACGUGUUUCUUGGGAUUCCUUUUGCUAAGCCUCCUGUUGGAGAAUUACGAUAUGCCCGUCCGCAACCCCCAGAACCUUGGAACUCCCUAAGAGAUGCAACUAUAGACCCUCCAAUGUGUUUACAAAGUAAAGAAGAAACAGUGAAAAUGACUGAGGCCUUCAGAGCAGAGUGUACGGUUCCCCCACUUUCUGAGGACUGCUUGUAUCUAAAUAUCUACACUCCCGGAGAUCGAGACAAGGAUUCCAAGUUACCAGUUAUGGUAUUCAUUCAUGGAGGAGGAUUAGUGAUUGGAGCAGCGACGAUGUACGAUGGAUCUGCAUUGAGCGCGUAUGAAAAUGUUGUGUUGGUGUCGAUCCAGUACAGACUGGGUUUGCUGGGAUUCUUCAGUACAGAGGACUUGAAAAUACCUCCAAAUCUUGGAUUUUUGGAUCAAAUUGCUGCUCUUCAAUGGAUUCGCGAAAAUAUUAAGGAUUUCGGAGGGGAUCCUCAAUCUGUUGCUAUAUUUGGGGAAUCGGCCGGAGGACUGAGUGUUUCUGCUCAUGUGUUAUCGCCGUUAUCUAAGGGAUUGUUCCACAGAGCCAUUGCCGAGAGUGGAACAGCAAUAAUGCCUGGACUUAUAGCCACCCAACCUGAACGAAUGGCUGCAGUAAAUCGCCUCAUUGCUAAUAUAUCUGGCUGUGAUUUGGCAGAGGUGGCGGACUGCUUGAAGGCGAAAACCAAAGAAGAACUUCUUUCAAUAAUUUCAGAGAUGAGGUUUAUGCCUUUACCUGGGUGUGUUGAUGGCGAGUUCUUUCCCAAACCCGCAGAAGAGAUCUUGGCCAAUAAAGAGAUGAAUGAUGUUCCGUUAAUGAUUGGUGUCAAUGACCAUGAGUGCGGUUGGCUCCUUCCAUCGUCCUUGAACAUGAGUGGACUAACGGAAGGAAUGGAUAAGGAAAUGGUCCGAUCUACCCUGAAUUCUUUCCAUUUCUUGGGUCUCUCAUCUGACGAAACGCGUUUGUUGAUGGAAGAGAAAUUUGGAACAGAUGACCGUUUUGAACUCCGAAACCAGUUAUGGGAUCUGUGUGGUGAUUUGAUGUUUGCUAUACCUGCUCUUAAAACUGCAAAGUAUCACCGGGAUUCCGGGAAUCCUGUUUACUUCUAUGAAUUUCAGCAUCGCCCUUCCAACUUCAAGGAUACAAAGCCAGAUUUUGUCAGGGCAGAUCAUGGAGAUGAAAUUCUGUCUGUUUUUGGAGCCCCGUUCUUAAACGGAGAUGUCGUUUUCAAAGAUGUAGCUACAGAUGAAGAAAUUGCCCUCAGUAAAACCGUGAUGAAAUAUUGGGCCAACUUUGCUCGAACUGGUGAUCCCAAUGGACCUGGUUUGGUCAAAUGGCCACGAUACGGUGAAGAUGAAAAUUACCUGGAAAUUAACUUGAAACAGAAAGCGAGUAAGCGUCUGAAGCAAGAAGCUCUAGAUUUCUGGACAAAGACUGUACCAGAACGAAUGAGAAAUCUGUCAGAGGAAAAUGAAGACCACGAGGAGUUGUAA